AGAAUUUUGACUGGUAUUUUUCGGAAAUUGAAUCAAACCAUUCACUAGAAGACUAGAAGAUCGCUACAGGUUUCGCAAAUGUUUUUAGAAUAAGAACAUGUUCUUGGUACUGGUCUUAGUAGUAUUCAUAGUCGUUUCGCAGCCUUGUUUUGCCAUAGAAAUGAGUGUAACUCGCUCACUGCAGGACAAUUUUUCAGUGAGUAAUUGUAGCUUAUGUGCCAAGUUCAACCAAGCAACUUGCUUUGGUGAAGGCGUCUGUCAGUGUCCUACGAAUGCAUCCACGUUCUUUAUCUACAAACAGAGGUGUGAUUCCUUUUCUAGUUUGAUAAAUGAUAAAGACUGCUUGAGUUGGUCUAGUGACAAGAAUCACCUCGAAGUCAUCGAUCUUACUUCCUCCUCUUCCUCACCAAUCUUCACCACACUCGACUCGUGCAGUGUUCCUCUCGGGAGGACAUUCGAGUAUCUGGGAAGACGAGGACACUGGAUAACGCACAGAUUGCAAGGUGAUGGAACUGUUUUUGGCAUAGAGAGGAAACCAACUCCGCCGCGUAGGAUGUCUUUACAGAUAUUGAAAAACAACGACUUGGUGUCAUUUGCUGGACGGAUCAUUCGAGUAGGUCUUCUGUGUAGAGGAUCUGAAGGAGAAGUAAAUCGUUGUCUGAUCUUGAAGGCUAAAGGAACAAUAUCAGUAAAGGGAAGUAUUAGCCCAUCUCAAGGAAGUGUUCCAACCAUUCAACAUGGCGACAUUAGUACUACAAUAGCAGCUACCAGUAAAAGAAUUACAAAAACUGAAACCAAAGAGCCUACCACACCAAAUAUUCAUUAUAUAGGGCCUCAAAGCAAGCCGCGUUUUACGCCUACUCCCAGUAACUCCACAGUAAUAACACAAGCACAUAUCAACGGUGCUGUCUCCGUAGACAAAACCAACAAGAAAGGCGAUGCAGUCGUUGUUGCAAUCAUAUCUGUACUGGGGGCCAUUGCCUGUGUAUUAGUGAUUGGCGCACUGUUUGCUUGGUUUGUUAUCAAGUAUUAUAAAGGAUUCAGGCAACAAGACCAAAGAAACGCUCCCCAGUCUAUUGUAAUGGGCAACAGUCAAGAUUUACAGAACGUUAUUCCGAUGGCAUCAAUGACAACUGCUGGACGACUUCCUGAACCAGUUUACAGUGAGUUACCUGAUGUGGUCGAAUCUGCGAACCGGAAUCGAUCUGGUGGUCCUACAGAUAUUACUAUUCCAAUUGACAACCAGAAAGACUUUUUCAUAAUCAGAAACCCUAUGCAGUACAACACAUUACCAAGAGCUCGAAAGCUUACAGAUCCUCUUCCAGCAACCCCUAUUCCAGACAGAUCCAGAACACCAGAUUUUCGGCUGACCCACAGAACGACUAGUACCGCAGAUCCUAGCGUCACUAAGACUGCUCAGUUUCUCUCCGAGAUCAGUAAGACUUUACACGCCCCAGUCUUCCAAGAUUUAACAAGACGCAAUAGAAGCUUCACGGAUGCUGAUAGUGAUGGUGUUUUCUUUGAGAAUUUUCCUGCCAAGGUGUUAGUGGUGAAUAUGGUAGACGGCAGAGAGGAGAAUUCGAAGCCCAUAAAUAAGAGUGCGCAGUCUAUUUAUGAAGAUCUUAGCGAGGCGAACAAACAAAGCAGAAUAUCUGUUUAUGAACCUUUGGAGAAAGCCACACUUCAGCCUCCCGAUGUAAGAAAAACAACACUGGAAAGAAUCAACGACACUAAAGAAAAUGCGAACCAACAGAUAGUGUUUUCAGAAGAAUAUUCAGCUGUACCUGAGUAUUACGUCCUUGAGCCCUCGAUUGAACACGAAACGCAUGGUCAUGAAAACUCUCCCACAAACGACCAAAUUGGUUYAGAGAAACUCUAUCUAGACAACGAAGAUAACUCGGGAACCUUACCCGUUGGUGCAGAUUUAAAGGGCCCCUAUUCAUCUCCGAUGACAGGACACCUCGUUCAGAAAGGACCAAAUGAAGAAUGGGACCAAGGCUUUUCUAAUAAGGGACUUGAACAUGAUGAUAAGUCUAUUUUKGAUAAGAAAAGUUUCCAAGCUUCGGAGAAAAUAUUUAAAGACAAUCAAAGCAAUGGAUUAAGUGAAUCGAAAGAUGGCUGCGUCUCACAUGGACUCAGCCAUCGUCGUGGAAGAACUUCAGAAGAAAUAAUUUUGAGACCAAGAGCUAAAAGUUCGGAGUUUUAAGUAGCUAUCAAGUUCGCUAGAUCAGUUUUAUUAGCCAUUCCGAGGUUGAUGGAAAAACUGGGUCGAGCUGAUGGCAUUGCAGUGAGUCUGUUUUAGUUGACAUGUUUCCAAGAUGGCGUCUAUUAUGUUCCCUAAAUCAGCCCCAAAAUGCACUGCAAUGACAAUUCAACUCGGCUUUUCCCUGCAAUUAACCUCGGAAUGGCUAAUAAGUAGAUCUGAAUUCUGCGCUUCCCUUAUUACGUCUUCAUACCAUGCGCUACUACCACAAUCAUCUCCCUUUUUUCUUUUCUUAUUCAAAUGUUUUAGGAUUCUGGAGAAUUCACAAAGAGGAUAUUUUCUAUUGAAAUCAGAAUCGAAAGGAAAACUAUGAAACCGACUACAUGAGUAUUUGUUAAGAAAAAUGGUCUUUUUGCCUCCCGCCUGAAUACAUUGGUUGCCCUUUCUAGACCACGUACYGUUCCCUUUGGGUAUAUAGUUUCUUAAACUUUAAAGCUUGUGGACAUACGUUAUAUGACAUGCCGGCCUCUCGGGGAAGCGUUGGUGCCAUUUAACAAAAGAUUUCUUAUUAGCAUCCAUUGUUAACGGCACCACAAUGGCCG